AUUUUGUCUCCGCUACCUUCUUUUCAUGCAAGGUUCGCCUCCCAUCCUGCAUCACGUCGACUCUAGCCUCCCAAUACUUAAAAUAUGGCCGUACCAUUAGUCGGUGAUCUCGACCGCGUAUUUUCCACGUUAGGCCCUCACAUAUCACUCUUCGUCCCCCCAGACCCUGCACCAGGCCAGCUAGUUAUCCUCUGCACCUGGCUGGGCGCUGGCAAAAAUCACAUUGCGAAAUACGCGAGCGGAUACAGCAAAAUCGCACCUCGCUCCAAAAUCCUGCUUAUUGAAUCCUCAGUUUGGAUCAUCGCUAGUCCAUACGUUAGACAAAGGGUAGCAAUUCAGCCUGCCACACAGGUAGUUCGUGCGGUACUUGAUGAAUGCGGAUACGGAAAAAGAGGCCUGGUGACGAACCCGAACAUCACGAUUCACACCUUCUCAAACGGCGGUACGAAUUCGGCGACGCAAAUGCUUAUAGUGCUACGGAGACAACUCGGUGCUCCAAUACCUAUUACAGGAAUUACAUGCGACAGCGGACCAGCACGAGGAACAUACUGGAAAUCCUUCCAGUCGAUGCUUCUCUCGCUCCCCAAAGGCAUCUUCUGGAGUAUCAUUGGGCCUAUCGUUAUCGCCUUCGUUACUAACGUCCUCUUUGGCUCUCAGUUGAUUGGAUGGGAGAAACCAGAAAGAAUUUAUCGUCGGACAUUAUUGGAUGAGAAUAUUGUCGACUGCAGGAGGAUUUGUUACAUUUUUUCGAAAGCUGAUGCUCACGUGGAGUGCGAUGACAUUACCAGCCAUGCUGAUGACGCCCGACGGCACGGAUGGGAUGUGAAGGAAUUACUUUUCGAAGACACACCACACUGCAAUCACAUCUCUAAAUAUAGGACAGAAUACUUUGAUGCAAUAAGGCUUGUCUGGGAAGGUGGAUCCCUUGGGUCUGGAUCGUGGGGGCUGCUGUAGUCCAACGCUUACGGGGAUCGAAGCUUUGAACUCGGGGUAUGCUCUUGCCCAAGCAAGGCUGGAAGCGUGGCAGGGCAGGAUCAAGUAUAUAGUUGUAGGGGUCAGGAUAACGUUGGGACCUUUGCUUCCCUACACAAGACACGGAGUUGGACAUCUGCAG